GUAUCACUUGAGCUAGCGUUCAAAUAAACCGGGAAAUAUCUGUUUAUGUUUAUUUUAUUUGGAAAUAAAGUGUGUGGUUUGUGUCAAUGGCUGACCUGGAAGAAAUCUACCAACACUUUCAGAAUAAACUCUCAUCCUUACAGUGCAUGCUGGAUCUGUCCGCUGUUGACUUGCCCCAGCAGAAGAUAAAGAAACUUGCACAAGAAGUAUUGGGACUUGGAAGGAUUCUGGAGGAGUUUGAAAAAUGUGUCGAUCAGCAGAAAGAGCAACUAAAGCAGCUAAAGGAACUUGAGAAGUUAUUUCAAAAUGAUCUGGAGAGUGUUCAGCACAUGAAGGACAACUUUCCCGCACACAUUCCUAAAAGGAAAAGUUCAGUCAUGGACAACAAGCCAGCAGAUCAUCAGCCAGCCUGGGCAGAAAAGACUAAGAAGAUCAGCAGGAACUUUGUGAAAGAGAUGGAUUAUAUCACUACACAAGAGUAUGAUGGCAUCCCUCAUUACAUGAAAGGACGUGUUUCAUAUGAGCAGCUCAAUGCUGUGGUGGAAGGCAUUAACACUGCUGUAGCAGCCAAGUAUAAGAUUCUCUGUCAGCCACUGAAGGCUCUUAAUAAUCAUUCACGCAAGUUGCAGCAGCGCUUCAAGGACCAGGAAACCAAAGAUACAAGAGGACAGUUUUUUGUCGUGGAGGAGGACAUGCAUGAAUUCACCCAGAUGAAAGUGGACAAACGCUUUCAGGGCAUCCUGAACAUGCUGCGACAAUGUCAGCGUCUCCGUGAGGUCAGAGGGGGCGGACUGGUCCGCUACGUGUUGAUGUGAAAGGACACACUUCCUUCUUAGCCUUAACAGCAUGACAACACUAUAGGCUGUAAUUAUGUUAUAGUGAGGCAGACUGUUGUGGAUUUGAUUUAACAUUUGUCACAUAACUUGUGUUAAUGAGACAAAGUUUGUUCUCGUUUUGAUUUGGAUUGAAUAUUUGCUUACAGAUAAAAUUGCAAAACAUAAAAGUCUUGAUACAUUUAUUUUUACUCCGCUGAGGUCAGUAUAGUCUAGUGUCUGUGUAUGCUGUAGCUAAAUUAUGUCUUUCACUAAACCAAUGGGAUGCA